AUGGCCAGCGCCGGCGCCAACAACGAGCACUCCCCCGUGUCCACACCGAGCUUGUCCGGGUACUCCGCAUCCUCAGAGGGGUCACUGGGAAGCGCCGAUGAAGGAGAUUUCUCCGGCAUGGUGGUGGACCCGCUGCUGCCUUCUGAGGCAGUGGCGUUCGGUUCGGUGUCGAAGAUGUGGCGCGGCCGGAAGAUCAUAGAGGACGCCCUGUCACUGCGCCCGUCUUUCUGCGUCUGGGCAGACGGCUCGCAGAUGCACUUCUUCGCCGUCUUCGACGGCCACGGCGGCCACGAGGUGGCGGCGCUGUGCAGGGACCAGAUGCACGUGAUCCUGGCGGAGGAGCUGGCCGUCGCAGCAGCGGCCUACCGGGAGGCGCACCAGCAGGAGGACCAAGAGGCGGAGUUUCGCGCGUGGGAGGCGGCGCUGAAGCGUAGCUUCGAGCGGGCGGACGCGCUGGGGGCGUUGGAGUCGGGGGGCACCAUCAUGGGGUCCACGGCCGUGGUGGCGCUCCUGGUCCGCGACUUCAUCCUCGUUGCCAACUGCGGCGACUCCCGAGCCGUGCUGUGCCGCGCCGGCGGUGCCAUCCCGCUGUCCCAGGACCACAAGCUGGAUCGGCCAGACGAGAGGGCUCGGAUCGCGGCGUCGGGUGACACGGUGUUCUACUACGACGGGCAGCUGCGUGUGAGGGGGAUCCUUGCCAUGUCGCGGGCAUUAGGGCACAGGCUCCUGAAGCCUGCAGUGAUCUGUGACCCAGAGAUUACCAUAACCACCAGGUCGGAGGAGGACGACUGCCUGAUCCUCGCGAGCGACGGUCUAUGGGACGCGGUCUCGAACCAGGUGGCCUGUGACAUCGCCUGGGAAUGCCUUGAAGAUAUGAGCAAUGAAGCCGCUCAGUACGGUGGCAGCGCACUGGUCGGACCAGAUGAAGAUGAAUGGUGUGUCGACGCUGCGAUCGUCCUCACGAGGCUCGCCCUCGCCAGGGGCAGCCGAGAUGACAUCAGCGUGGUCGUUGUUGAUCUGAAGAUGAUGGGUUAG